AUGGAUUCAGAAUCAGACAUAAGCUUCGAUUAUGAAGAUGGCAUUGAUGACGACGUCUACUUCAGCGAAGGCGAGGUGCUGAUCUCAGACACACCCUACGAUCACGACGAGAAGACUUACCAGGAUGAGUCGCUAAUUCAUUCGCCCAACCAACUCAGUGGGUUCUGGUUCCGCCCGCUCGGAUUGGGUUGGUACAUCCACGAACAUUUUGUGUCUAGAGCCAACCAGCUCCAGAGUAUACUUCCGAACUUCACUAUCGAUGAACUACUUGUGAUGCUACAGUACAAGAAGUGGCUGGUGGAUGAGGUUACAGGUGACUACUAUGUGAAUUGGCCCAAGCUACGUGAAGGUUGUGGACUCACAGACACUCGAGACGAGGAUCAUUCCAUAGUUAGUGUGCUGGACUUUAUGUGCUUUAUUUGCUGUGAAUCUGGGAACAUGCCGGUGUUUCUGCUCUCGUGUAACCACCAGUACUGCGCUGAUUGCUACUCCCAAUACGUGAAUUGCAGUAUAGCGCAGGGUGGAAUUAUCCGGUGCAUGCAUUUGGAUUGCAACUUGAGUUUACUUCCAAAGGACAUUGAGAUGUUGAUGUCUCACAAGGCAGAAGUGGGCAAGAAGUUAGAGGCGGAACAAAAGAAGAAAGAAGAAGAAGAAGAACAGGAACAGGAACAGGAAGAGGACAAUAGGGAUUUUGAGGAUAAUAGCGAUUUUGAUGAUGACACAGAUACGGAGGAAGAAUACGAUCGGCAGUUCGAGAAUGUCGAUUUGUCCCAACGUUUUCUCGUGUUAGACAAAGAGGACAAGAUCCUCACCAAUAAGGCAUUGAUCAAUGCGGCACGUGUAAGAAUUGAUAUGCUACCCUCUCGCUAUAGGUGGUGUCCUGCUCCAGACUGCAGCAGCUUUGCUGAGUUGGUGGUGAAUGCGAGAACCUCCUCGUACGACAGAACCACAUCGUGUGAUCUCCUGUGCAUACCCAUCGUCACAUGUGCCAGCUCCCAUGAAUUCUGUUUUGACUGUCUGUACGAGAAUCAUCUUCCAUGUCCCUGUUGGUUGGUUACUGCCUGGGUAAAGAAAUGUAAAGAUGACUCUGAAACUGCUAAUUGGAUUGAUGUCAACACACAGGCGUGUGUCAAGUGCUUUACGCUGAUUGAGAAGAAUGGUGGUUGUAACCACAUGACAUGUAGCAAGUGCAAGUAUGAAUUCUGCUGGAUCUGUCUCGGUGACUGGGCGGAACACAACUCGUCAUACUACAAGUGCAACCGUUACGUGAAACAGGAUGAGGACGCGAAGAAGAAGAGGUCGGAAAAGGAAGACUCUCUCAAUAGAUAUUUGCAUUUCUACAAGCGUUUUACUGUUCAUCAGAAUUCAAUGAAUGGUGAUCAGCAUACUUUGAAUAGUGUGCAUCGCUACAUGCUCAUGUACAUGAAGCAACAGAAGUUUAGUUCCAAGAAGAUGGCUUCUUGGAAUGAUAUUCAGUUUCUUUCAGAUGCUAUUCGAAGCUUGACGAGCGGGAGGAAAACGUUGAUGUGGACAUACGCCUUUGCAUUUUAUCUAAAAAAGUCGAAUCUCUCUGAAAUUUUCGAGAGGAUGCAAGACUAUUUAAACCUGACGGUGGAGGAAUUGUCUGGACUUUUCGAGAAAAUCGUAAGGAGGAUAGGAGAUGCUGUGGGCAACAUUGCAAAGUACAAGAAGGAUAUUGUCAAUUUGGCUGCACUUGUAAGUCGGAGGAAGCAAUUGCUUAUCGAGUGUGCCCAUAGUGAGCUACAGCUGGGCUGUUUGCAGUUUUUCAAUUAG